AUGAGGAGCUGCCCCAACAUCUCCCCAACAUCUCACGAUGAAUUUUGGGGUCCCACCUUGCCCCUAACCCCUCUACAGAGGGAAGGUGAGGAGCUGCUGCAGGCCAAGCCGGAGCUGAGCGGGGCGGUGCGGCGGCAGCUGGAGGAGCUGAGGAGAUGCUGGCAGGAGCUGGAGACCACGAGCCAGGCGCGGAGUUGGCGCCUGGCCGAGGCGGCGGCCGCCGAGCGCCUGGCGCGGAGCUUCGCCGACGUGGAGGCGCGGCUGGGCCACCUCGAGGAGCAGCUGGAGAACGUGGGCGGCGGCGCCGACCUCCGCAGCGUCAGCCACCAGCUCAAGAGGCUGCAGAGCAUGGAGUCGCAGGUGGAGGAGUGGUGCCGGGAGGUGGGCGAGCUGCAGGCGCAGGCGGCGGCGCUGCCGGCGCAGGCGGCCGGGCGCGAGGAGGUGGGCGAGCGGCAGAGCGCGGUGGGGACGCGCAUCGUGCGCCUCAUCGAGCCCCUCAAGGAGCGGCGCAGGAUCCUGCUGGCCUCCAAGGAGGUCCAUCAGGUCAGCCACGAGCUGGAGGACGAGGUGAUGUGGGUCCAGGACCGCCUACCCUUGGCCACGCUGAAGGACCACGGCACCAACCUCCAGACCGUCCAACAGCUCAUCAAGAAGAACCAGAACCUGCGGCGGGAGAUCCAGGCGCGCCGGCCCCGCGUGGACGAGGUGCUGGAACGCGCCGCCGCCGUCGCCUGCGUCGAGAGCCCCGAGGCCGAGGUGGCGCGGGGCCUCCUGGGGCGGCUGGCCACCGCGUGGGCCGAGCUGCAGGAGCAGGCCGAGCGGCGGCAGCAGGCCCUGGACGCCUCCUACCAGCUGCAGCAGUACCUCUUCGACGUGGCCGAGGUGGAGGCGUGGCUGGGAGAGCAGGAGCUGCUGCUGAUGAGCGAGGAGAAGGGGAAGGACGAGCAGAGCACCCUGCAGCUCCUCAAGAAGCACCUCCUGACCGAGCAGACCAUCGAGAACUACGAGGAGACCAUCGCCCAGCUCUCCCGCCAGUGCCGCGCCCUCCUGGAGCUCGGCCACCCCCAGAGCGAGCAGGUGAGCCGGCGGCAGUCGCAGGUUGACCGCCUCUACGUGUCUCUGAAGGAGCUGCUGGAGGAGCGCAAGGUCCAGCUGGAGCAGCAGUACUGGCUCUACCAGCUCAACCGCGAGGUGGACGAGCUGGAGCACUGGAUCGCUGAGAAGGAGCUGGUGGCCGGCUCGCCCGAGCUGGGCCAGGACUUCGAGCACGUCACGGUGAGCGCGGUGAGGGACGGGCGCCGCCGCGCUGGGCGACGCCCGCGGUGGAGGUCGUGCGGGGAGGUUCUGACGAGUGGUGUCGUCGUGAGGGUUCUGGAGAACUUCGUGGAGACAUCUUGGUGGUUCUGGCACCUCCUUGGUGGUUCUGGCACCUCCUUGGUGAUCUGGCACCAUCCUGGUGCUCCUGAGACCAUCCUGGUGGUCCUGACACCAUCCUGGUGGUCCUGGCACCUCAUUGGUGGUCCUGGCACCUCCUGGUGGUCCUGGCAUCAUCCUGGUGGUCCUGACACCAUCCUGGUGGUCCUGGUAUUAUCCUGGGUGUUCUGGCAUCUCCUGAUGGCCCUGGCACCUCCUUGGUGGUCCUGGCACCUCCUGGUGCUCCUGACACCAUCCUGGUGGUCCUGGCACCUCCUGGUGGUCCUGGCACCAUCCUGGUGGCCCUGGAACCUCCUGGUGAUCCUGAAACCAUUCUGGUGGUCCUGGUAUUAUCCUGGUGGCCAUGGCACCAUCCUGGUGGUCCUGGCACUCCUUGGUGGUCCUGGUUCUGUGUCCUGUCCCACCAUUGACCCAAGGACCAGGUUCUGGUUCUUCACAGGUUCCGUGUCCUGUCCCACCAUGCACCCAAGGACCAGGUUCUGGUUCUUCACGGGUUCUGUGUCCUGUCCCACCAUUGACCCAAGGACCAGGUUCUGGUUCUUCACAGGUUCUGUGUCCUGUCCCACCAUUGACCCAAGGACCAAGUCCUCGUCCAUCACAAGGAGGACCCCACACCCUUCCCCAUGCCAAUGUCCCCUCCUGGCCACCAAGGACCCCUGUCCAUGCCCACCGUUGUCCUCCCCCCGCCCCAGGGACGUGUCGUCGGUGGAGCUGCUGAUGAACGACCACCAAAGCCUCAAGACUGAGAUGGAGGCCCAGGCCAAGAACGUGGACACCUGCCUGGAGCUGGGCAAGACCCUCAUCCUCAGCAAGAGCCCGGCGGCCGAUGAGAUCAAAUCCAACAUGGAGAAGCUCCUGGAGAAGAAGAAGGAGAUGACGGAGAAGUGGGACAAGCACUGGGAGUGGCUGCAGCAGAAGCGCGAGGUGCAGCAGUUCGCGCAGGAGGCCGUGGUGGCCGACGCGUGGCUGACGGCCCAGGAGCCGCUGCUGACGAGCCAGGAGCUGGGCAGCAGCGUGGACGAGGUGGAGCAGCUGAUCCGGCGGCACGAGGCCUUCCGCAAGGCGGCGGCCGCCUGGGAGGAGAGGUUCAGCUCCCUGCGGCGCCUGACCACGAUCGAGAAGCUCAAGGCCGAGCAGAGCAAGCAGCCGCCGACGCCGCUCCUGACGCGCAAGUUCCCGCCGGAGCCGCCGCCGGCGGGCGCCGCCGCUCGCCGGCCGGAGCCGCGCGUCGCCUACGUUCGGCACGAGCUGCGCCCGGAGCGCCUCCAGCCCCAGCUCGACCGCGUCCGGCCGCCGGCCACCGCCGCAGGAGGAGCCGAGGAGCCGCCGCCGGCCACCGGUGUCACCGCCGAGGCCACCGAGGCCGAGGAGCCCGGCGAGGUCCGGCCGGGGCCGCCGGAGCGGCGCCGGGAGCGCCGGGAGCGCCGGCUGGAGCGGCAGGAGUCCAGCGAGCCGGAGGCGCCGCGGCACGACGGGAAGAGCGGCGGCAGCAAAGCCACCCUGGCCGACAUCGUGGAGCAGCUGCAGGAGAAGGAGGCGGGCGGCGCCGUGCCAGCUUCGCCCCGUGACCGCGACUCUCCCGCCCGUCUCCCCGCCGGUCCCGAGGCGCUCCCGGAGAGGACCCCUCGGCCGGAGCGUCCCCGGGCGCGGGACCGGCCGAGGCCGCGGCGCCGGCCGCGCCCCCGGGACUCGGCGCAGGGCGCGGCGGAACCGCGGCGCUCGCGCUCGGCGCCGGCGCAGGGCAGCGCGCCGCCGCCGCCGCCGCCGCCCGCCCACACGGUGACGCACGAGGGCUUCCUGCUGCGCAAGCACGAGCUCGACGGCGCCGGCAAGAAGGCGUCCAACAGGUCUUGGGUGAACCUCUACUGCGUCUUGGCCAAGGGCGACCUGGGCUUCUACAAGGACGCCAAAGGUCCCGCGGCCGGGGCCACCCACGGCGGGGAGCCCCUGCUGAGCCUGCACCGCGCCGCCAGCGAGGUGGCCAACGACUACAAGAAGAAGAAGAACGUCUUCAAGCUCAAGACCGGCGAUGGGGGCUGGCUGCGGGCGCUGGCCGCCAGCGCUCAGGAACACGCCGAGCUGGCCCGGUGGCAGCAAGGCCUCCUCACCACCUCCUCCACCGACGAGGGGCUCCCCCGGCGCGACCCCGACCGGCCCCGGCGGAAGUGA